CAGACGAGAAAACUGAUUUGGUCUCGGGACACUGAAUUGCCUCAUGAAAGAGUUUCAUGUACCCCUCCCUGUACACCGAAACAGUCGCAGUGCACGCGGACACCAGCGCCGCAUACCAUUGGCUAAGAGCGCAGCUUUACCUGUAGGACGGUGUGCCAACCAGACAGCAGGAUAAACUUUUCUUUGCUCCGAUCCACUUCAGGGAUUUGAAUUCAUGCUCCAAAGAUCAUGGAGCCCGUAACGUCUUGGAGCGCCGAGAGAGUCAGCGAGUGGCUCAAAGGUCUGGAUGCUCCUCUACAGCAGUACUCGGUCUCUGAAUGGCAACUCUCUGGCUCAGAUCUUCUGCAUCUUUCAUCUACCAGACUGGAGAAACUUGGAGUGCAUAAAAUAGGACAUCAGGAGCUCAUACUGGAGGCUGUGGAAAAACUCUGUGCUUUGACAUACAGUGUUGGGGGUGACAAUCUGCGCAGUUUGACAGAGAAACUGCGUGCAGUGGCUCACACUCUGCAGAUGAGCAUACAGGGGCGCUGGCGUGUCAAUACCAGUGACGGCCAGAGUUCCACUAAGCUUUCACAACAGGUACUGCAGGCGGUGGUGGACGUGAUCACAGCAUCCAAUGGACUCGUGUCUUUGCUCAACAGGUAUCAAUUUGCACAGCAGACUGGACACAAAGCAAAUGAGAAAGUUGCCACUCUGUGUAAAGAUCUGGACAUUACAGUGCAUAAGGAAACUGCUGUGUUUGAAAAGGAGAAGGAUAUAAUUUCCAUAUGUCGCCAAUUGGUAGCAGUGUGUGAUGAGAUUUUGACCGAAACUCCAUUGCCUCUUCUUACCCAUACUGCCCAGCUGGAGAGUGUCGACCUGGUCCCAGCCUCACCAGGAGAUCAAGUGGGAAUUGAGAUCACCACCACAGGAUCCAGAAAUCAUUUUGUCACUGGAAAAGCAGCAGAGUCUCGUACAGAGAUCUGUGAGAAGAUUUUAGCGGGAGAUGAGGUCCUUCAGGUCAACGGACAGAUAGUGGUUGGCUGGAGCCGGGAAAACCUUGUUAAAAAACUGGAGGAAAAUCCAAAUGGAGUCACUCUGGUUUUGAGGAGGCUUCCAGGGUUCCUGAAACGCAAGGAGAGCCAAGCCAAGUCUGAGGUAUUAGAGAGAGAGGAGGAAGAGGAAGAGAAAAACAGACAUUCUCUUUUGGGCAGGGUGGCAGCUUCAGUCCGCUCUCUGUCCUUCAGUGAGGACAUGCGAGUGAUCCGCUAUCUCAGAUCAGCAUCAGAUGGCACACAUCAUUUCAGAAGGGAGAAAUCAGUGCUCUCUAGUGAACAAAGCUCUAAUGAGCAUCAGCCAAACACCUUAAAGCCAGGGGCAGACUCUCAGCGUGCAAGUCGAAAGAGUUUGGAAAUAGGUUCAUGUGCAGAAAGUAGUCCAUCCCCACAAAGCUCAGAGCUCAACCGAGCCAGCACAAGCUCCUGUCCUGACAUGGCAGGAAUAAGAGAGGAAAAGGAGAACAAAAAGAGCUCUACUAAAGGAACACGGACAGCGAUGAGCCGCAGGAGGGUGUCGUGUCGUGAACUUGGCCGCCCAGACUGUGACGGAUGGCUUUGGAAGAAGAGAAAAGAAACAAACGUCUUUAUGACUCAGAAAUGGCAGAGAUUUUGGUUCGUCCUGAAAGGUCCUACACUGUAUUGGUAUACCAGCCAACAGGAGGAGAAGGCGGAGGGCUUAAUCAAGAUCGGCAGCCACAAUAUAGAGAGCGCAGGAGAACACAAGAGGAAGUAUGUAUUUCAAAUGUGCCACCAGCGCUUCCAGAAUUUUUUCUUCGCUGCUGAUAAUGUAAAAGACAUGAGCAAAUGGAUUAAUUGCUUAAUCACAGCCAUUCAGAAACAUAAGAAAAAUGUUCAAAGUCAGCCAGACAAUGAAGAAGAAUGUUACAGUGAAACUGAAUCUGAAGAGGAAUCGUCCCGUUCACCACUUUCUCAUCGGAAGAAAGUCAAUACGAAAGCUCAAACACAAUCAAACACACUUCCUCGAACAAAGGGAAAGCAGAACAGGGUGUCAGAGCCAAUAACCAUUUCGCAAGCAGGUAAACUCUCAGGAAAUGUAGAUGAGAUGGAUGAAAUGUUCCAUAGCCUGAAGAAAGGAGGAGUGUCUCUGAUUGGUCAGAAUCAGCCGACGACUCAUGACCAGCUACGUAAAUCCUUCAUCAAACGCAACAAAAAUCCUGUUAUCAAUGAGAAGAUACACACACUCCGUGCCCUUCAGAGCACACUUAAGGCGAAGGAAGCAGAACUUCACCUGAUUAACAAGAUCCUGGAGGACUCUGAGUUCUCACCGCAGAAGUACCAUCAGUGGAAGCAGUUCAAUGAAGAGCUGCUGCAGGACAUUGAGAGACAGUACAAACAGACGGUCUCACCAAGCAUAGACACAGUGUCCAAGACCAACAAUGGGGCAAGCACACUGAAUCUGAGUGAUGGAGAACAGUUGGUAGAUGCAGAGACACCUGUUGACGGAAGCUCCACUUCUGCAGAGAAACAGGUGCCGAUGCAAACGCAUACCACAGUCACAAACGAAACUACAGAGAAAUACUUUUACAUAUGACACUUGCGCAGAUUCUGUGAACACAACCGUUUCCUUCUUGUACUGUAUUAAAAUAUAUAACGAAAUGAGAAAUGAAAGUGCAACAUUGGGAUAAAUAUAUAGAUCCGAAUUGCAGCCAUCUGGGACAGAGCACUGGCUGUUUUACCAGAAGUAAGGUCUAUCAUCUGGAGUUUUUCAAAACUACUUCUGCUGUUGAUUCACAAUAAACCAUCACUGAAUUUAUUAUGAACUGCAUAAUGCUGGCAAAAGAACAAAUCUAACUUAAAGCACUUGCUAAAGGAUGUUGAUUAUACAGAUGUAUGUAAUUUUAAAAAUAUAUAUUUUAGAUUAAUUAUAUUAAUAUGAUGAAUAUUUGUUUUUAUGUCAGGUAUGUGUGUAAGGUUUCCCUAAAUAUGUUAAAAAUAUUUUAUGAAUGUUCAGACAUGAUGGACAAGAAAGUAUUGCUUUUAUAAGAAUGUAUUCUUUUUAUUAUGUAGACAAUUUAUGGCAGUGCAGAUCCUGAAAACAAGUUUAGUAGGCUCAAAAACUAUAUUUCCUGAGGAAAAAAAAUGAUACCUCAUUGUGCAUAGUUUGUAUUAAAUGCCCAGCUAUGGUCAUUUCCCCAGAAUUGCCACACAGUGGCGCCCUGUGUUUUGGUCAUGUUUUGGUCACACUCCAGUCACCUGUUCAUUUAAGUCUUUCAGUGUUUUUAUACCAACAGUGUAUAAUCAUGCAUAUACUGGCUGUAUUUAUAUAUAUAUAUAUAUAUAUAUAUUAUAUAUGACC